UGCAUACCUCAUUGGUGCUAAGUCUGAAGGUUAUAUUUGCAUGUUCAUUCCUGUGAGCAGAUGGCCUGCUGAUUUACUUUUGUUCUGAAGUGUGUGGGAACAUGCACUGGGGCGCAUCCUCAGCUACAUGAUAUGUUGUGGAGGGUUUGACAGGGGGUGGAGAUUUGAAUGAAUGAGAACACUGGCAGUUCAAAAAAAAUUUGCCUUACAGAUAUAUAGCAUUGCAUGGAUAGUCAAGAGAGGCCUUUUAGUUGUGCCAUAUACCUGUGCAGAAUGAGCGACUUUGGACAGAUUCUGUCUACCAUCGGGGAGUUUGGUGCUUUCCAGAAGCGAUUGCUGGCAGCAGUAUGCAUCCCUACCAUCGUUGAAGCCUUCCACGUGUUUGCCCAGGUGUUCACAGGCCUGAAUCUGCCACAUCACUGCAACACAAAAUGGAUCCUGAGCAUCGGACCGAACCUGACUCGUGAGGAACAACGGAACCUGACACUCCCGAAGGACCCGGACGGAGCCUAUGAAAGCUGCUCGAUGUUCAGCCAGGUGGACUGGGAUCUGGAGUCCAUCGAAGCCCACGGGAUCAACAGUACCUCCGAGUGUACAGAUGGAUGGCUGUAUGACACGUCCUCAGGCCUAACCACACUGGUCACUGAGUUUGGCUUGGUGUGUGAAAACAGCGCUCUCAAUGAAAUCUCUCAGUCGAUCUUCAUGGCUGGCUUCCUGUUUGGUGCCCUGGUGUUUGGACCAAUGGCAGACAAGUAUGGCCGCAGAACUGUGCUCCUAUUCUCCCUCCUCUUACAGCUGUUGUUUGGGGUGGGGGCAGCUUUUUCGCCCAACAUCUACGUUUACAUUUGCCUCAGAUUUGUGGUUGGCAUGACAAUAUCUGGGGUUACUAUAAACACCUUUGUUCUAGGUACUGAGUGGUGUGGAACCUCCCAGCGCUCCUUCUGUGCUAUUGUCGCCCACAGCUCCUUCGCUGUGGGCCAGAUGCUCCUGUCAGGAAUAGCGUAUGGAGUACGAGACUGGCGAACACUGCAGUUUGUGCUGUCCGUGCCUGUUCUGGCGUUUGGCGUCUACUACUGGAUUCUCCCGGAAUCGGCACGGUGGCUUCUGACCCAGGGGAAGCAGGAGAAAGCCCGAGCGCUGAUCCAGAAGGCAGCAAAAGUCAAUAAGAGGACCGUGCCUGAGAAACUCCUCAACAAGAUUGAGACCGAGAAGGCAAGAAGAACAGGUAGCAUGCUGGAUCUUUUCCGAAUAGCCUACUUGAGAAAACGUGUUCUUGUUAUGAACUAUAUUUGGUUUGUGAUUUGCCUGGUAUACUAUGGAUUGAGCCUAAACGUGGGGAACUUUGGCCUUGAUAUUUAUCUCACACAGCUUGUUUUUGGCUUUGUUGAACUUUUCGCCCGCCUGGGGUCUAUCCCCUUAAUCGAACGCUUUGGAAGAAGGAAAUGCCAGAGCAUUUUCUUGCUGUUUGGGGGAGUAGCUUGUCUCAGCAUUUCAGCUAUUCCAGAAGACCAACCGGUGGUGGUGACUGUCAUAGCCGUUCUUGGGAAGUUUGCUCUUUCUGCAUCCUUUUCCAUCGUAUAUGUCUAUUCUGCAGAACUGUAUCCAACAGCUGUUAGGCAAAAUGGUGUUGGCUUGAACUCUGCAUCUGCUCGUGUAGCAGGCAUCUUGGCUCCUUUGGUCCGACUCCUUGAGGUCUACCACAAAGCCAUUCCCAAUGUCAUUUAUGGAGUGUUCCCACUGGUUGGUGGAGGAAUAUGUUUUCUGUUGCCUGAGACGCUAAACACAGAAAUUGCAGAUCACACAAUUCCCCUUGAGGAAACUAUCAAGCUCUCUGAAAACAAAAGCAUUGAAACUGGAAACUCCAACAGUGAGGAAGAUUGUUUAAACCAAGAGAAGAACAUUCAGGUGUAAUGUUCUAUAUUCCCUGUAAGUGUAAUUUUAAUGUUAUGAAUUACAUUACCUUUUAGUGUAUAAAUGAAUGCACCAUAUGUGAACUGAAUGUGACAAACAACAAUGUAUAGUCACUAAAGAGAUAUAUACAUACAAUUAGUAAAAUAAUGAAUCAUUUGAUUUAAAAAAAGUAAUUUUGCUUUAAUGCCCAAUUAUAUUUAAAUUAUUAUGAUUCAAUCCUUAUUUUGUGCCAGCCAGCCAAAUGUUCCAUUGAUUGUAUGCAAUCAACAGUGAUUGUCUUGAUAUUUAAUAAUAAGAACCAUCUGCAUAAUA